UCCAUUUUAUCAGGAUGGGGAAAGCCAAUGCGAUUAGAUUAAGUCCAUUGUAUAUAAAAGAUUGAAGAAAUCUAGUCAAGUAUGCUAGUGCUUUCUGAAUAUAUUCAUUGGGCACAACAAUGUUUAAGCUACUACUGAUUGCUUUCUCUUUUCAUCUAGUCAUGGCAAAGUUUCCCAACUUUGAGAAAAGACCACCCUUUAUUCAUAAGCCUUUAAAUGAUGUGGGUGAACGAUUAGUUUUGACUUCUUACAUAGAAGCAGGUCAGCUAAUAGAAGCUCGUGAAGCUGCAGAAGUUCACUUGGAAGAUUUCCAUAAUAUAACCAGUUACUCUGGAUACUUCACUGUAGAUAAGGAAAACAAUGGAAGUCUUUUUUUCUGGUACUUCCCAUCCGAAAACAAUUAUAAAGAAGAUCCUGUGAUCUUGUGGCUUCAAGGAGGCCCUGGAGGUUCCAGCUUGUUCGGAUUAUUUACAGAAAAUGGCCCUUUUACAGUAGAAAACGGAACAGUUUCUUUAAGGGAAUUCUCGUGGCAUAAAAAUCACUCCAUUAUUUACAUUGACCAACCUGUUGAAACCGGUUUUAGCUUCACAGAUGGACCUUUAGUAAGUGAUCAGACUCAAGUGGGUGAACAUCUUUAUUCGGCUUUAAAGCAAUUUUUUACGUUAUUCUCUGAGCUCCAAAGUAACAAAUUUUUCGUAUCUGGGGAAUCUUAUGCCGGAAAAUACGUUCCAAGUAUUGCCUACGCUAUUCACACCAAAAAUCCUACUGCUGAUUUAAAAAUUAAUCUUCAAGGCAUCCUCAUUGGUAACGGAUUAAGUGAUCCCCGUCACCAAAUGGUGUAUGGUGAUUUGGUAUACCAACUUGGUUUGAUUGACAAUAACACGUUGGCUCAAAUACAUCAGUUCGAAGAUAAAACAACUGAAGAAAUUGAUAAAGGGAAUUUUCAAGCAGCUUCAACGUACUGGUAUACACUGGUAGGAAUAAUAGAGUACAAGGCAGCUGUUGGAGAUAUCUACAAUUUUCUUAAAGACUUCGAUGACAGCCCAACGGACUGGGCAAACUUUAUUGUUCAGGACCGAGUUAGAAAAGCACUUCAUGUAGGCAAUCAGCAAUUUUCCACUGUAAAUUUGAAAGUCUAUAGUGAACUUUUUCCAGAUAUUACCAAGAGCGUUGCUCCCUGGGUUAGCGAGCUUUUAAGCCACUAUAGGACAUUGAUUUACAAUGGUCAGCUUGAUAUUAUUGUCGGAUAUGCUUUAACUGCAAACUAUUUACAAAAUUUGGAAUUUAGUAGUGCAACGGAAUAUGCAACAGCUGAAAGAAAUGUGUGGUACGUAGGAAAUCGGGUGGCCGGAUACGUGAAGGCUGCCGGAAACCUAACUGAGGUUCUAGUAAGAAAUGCUGGACAUAUGGUGCCAUUUGAGCAGCCUGAGUUUGCCUCAGAUCUAGUCUACAAGUUUGUUAGGAAUGAAAGUCUUGCUUAAAUAUGUAGAUCUAAGAAAAAACUUGGUUUUAAUAAAGUAUGGGAGGUGCUAUUAUUGCUUUCUAAUUAAGAUAAGAUAUUUCUAUUGUUUACAGGCGAAAUUGCUAAUAAAAGAAUAAUGCGGUCUGACUGUUUUAACAAAUUAUUAA